AUGGGUGAAUCCAGACAAGAGCUUCUCAAUUGGCUGAACAGCCUCCUGCAGCUCAACAUCACCAAGGUUGAGCAAUGCGGCACUGGCGCCGCGCUCUGCCAGGUGUUUGACAGCAUAUUCAUGGAUGUGCCCAUGUCCAAGGUCAAGUUCAACGCCAGCGGCGACUAUGCGUAUAUUCAGAACUUCAAAGUUUUGCAGAACCAUGUCCUGACGGCCCACACCAACACAGACACCUUCCUCAAGCACCAGGUCGAUAAGCCUAUCCCCGUCGAAAUGCUGGUGAAAUGCAAGAUGCAGGAUAACCUGGAGUUUCUGCAAUGGACGAAGAAGUUCUGGGACCUCAACUUCCCGGACCACGACUACGACGCAGUUGCACGGAGAAAGGGCGGUGGCAUGCCAGCCGCCGCGGCUGCAGCGCCCAGGGCUGCUGCUGUUAGCUCAAGCGCCGCGCGAAGAGGCGGCACGACCCCCAGCACCGGCCCUCGCAUUGCCGCCAAGGCGGGGCCCAGCCCUGCUACCGCCGCUCUGCAGGCAGAGAAUGCGACUCUAAAGGAGACUGUCACCGGCCUGGAGCGCGAGCGAGAUUUCUACUUUAGCAAGCUCCGUGACAUUGAGCUGCUGAUUCAACAGGCUGUGGAGGAUGAUCCCGAGCUUGAGAAGCAGGAGGAUGGCCUGGUCAAGCACAUCCAGUCUAUCCUGUACUCGACCGAGGAGGGCUUCGAGAUUCCCGCAGAGGGCGAGGGUCUGGAUGACCAGGAGACUUUCUAA